ACAAGUGGUUCUGCGAAUUACGUAUUUGUUUUUCUAUUGUGAAGGGAAUUCCUAAAAUCGAGUAUCGACGCAAUUAAUGUAACGUUUUUAAAGAAUAUGCUAUAAAUAACAUGUCGUAUGUACUAUGAUAAACAGUGUUAAGAUGAAAUAUUGUGUGUAAACACUCGUACUUUAGUGCUUUUAAGAUGAAUAUUGUAUGUAUUAUCUGCAGCGAUUUAAUAAAUCAGACUGAAAAUACAUAUGUGACACAAUGUGGGCACAUAUUUCACCACCAUUGCCUCGUACAGUGGAUAGAAAGGUCCAAAACCUGUCCACAAUGCAGAAACAAAGUGACAGACAGGUGUAUGUUCCGUCUUUACCCCACGGUCUCCAACGAGAACACGAGGGUGGAUGCGGCAACACUGCAGACAAGGCUGGAUGAUGCAGAACUCCAGCUGCGGCAGCAGAGAUUCAAGCAUAAGGAGAAAGAAGAUAAGAUUAUUGCUUUGACUACGGAUCUAAAAAGUCAAGAAGAGCUUCUAAAAUCGUAUGAGAUGCAGUUGGUGAGCUUCGACACGAAGGUCAUGUCUUUAAGUGAACAGCUGGAGCAUGCACAGCUUCAGAACAAGGACUUGCUGCAGCUUAAAGAUGAGAACGAAAGUCUCAAAAAGAGUAUGCAGGCUUUGAAUAGUAUACAGAAGUUGUUAAACUCGACAAUAGAAGAAGUGGACCAGAUGCUACAAGGAUGUUCCGACGUGCGGACCUUAGCUACUUUUGUUACAGCUCUUAAAAGGACCUUAUGGGAGUCUGAGAGUAAACAGAAUGAGAUCAAAAGCCUCCUGCACGAGGUCAAUAAAAAACUGAGUCUGGAAAGGAACGACUCUGCUAAACUGCAGAAAAUAAUAUUGCAAUUAGAGACUAAGCUGCAUGGAGUCCGGACUCAGUAUGAGAUCCUGAAGAAGGAUAGGGAUUUGGAGCAGCAGGUAAAGGAAGAGGAGAAGCGAAUGAAUGACGUCAUGCAGUCGUCGCCGAGCGAUCUCAACGCAGCUAGGCUGAAGGCUGCUAGUACGACUAGCUUAGAGCCGUUCACGCCCAUACGUCUACCGCGCCCGCCCUAUGCUUUGCCUCUUAACAUUCAGUCAUCUGCAAACCCCUUCCUCAACACAAUUCAAAACAGCCUGAUGGAGAUCAAGUCUUUGGACACGAGCCCUUGGGAUAUGUCGUUUGGUGGACUGGGAGGCCAUUCCAGCAGGUCAACAAGCAAAAGCAGCAUCCCUAAAAAAACAACGAAACGCAAACGCAAGCAACCUUACACCUCUGCCAGUCAGGAGGUCAUAAAAAUGCUAAAUAAAAUCAAAUACAAAUAAUUAAUAAAGCAUAAAGACCCAAGACUCAAGUACAAGCCCCUUAUUCGUAAAUAUAUACAUGUUUUUUCUAUGAAUCUCCCCUUCUAAAGGGUCACUUCUAUAUAAAAACAAACCAAGUGCGAAUAGGAGGGAAAACAGUUGCUUAUUAUGGCUUAAACUCGAAUAAUAACCAAUAAUGAUAAAUUAUACACAUAGAUAAUUGUAAGGAUUAAAGCGAGGCCUUUGCCCUCCAGUGGGAUUAAUAUGACGGGUAAUUUACAGUAAGUAAGUUGUGUAGAAGCUGUAAGCUUCGAUAUAUAUGCUUUUUAUGCUACACUAUGGGAAAUCCAUCGAUCUGAUCGAAUAAUAAAAUUAAGUGUAGUUCUAAGUUACGGGUGAAGCUUAAAAAAUAGUUUAUAAAUGGUAGUAUAAAAAUUUAAUUAUAAUACUCUGUCUCCUAAAAAUAAGGUCAUGAAAGGUCAUAAAAAAUCACUUAGGUACAUAUCAAUUUUUUACAAUUGGACUCCGUAUGCCAUUUUCCAUUUUAUCAUAAAACCUAGCUUAGUACUCUCAUGAUGAUUAAGUCAUCAAUAUUCUAUUUUAGUGAGCUUUUAUUUGAGUCCCACUUGAACAUAUUUGAUAACAUUCGGUUAUUCUCCAGGUCAUUCCCCACCCACAAUUUAUAAACGGCUCCA